AUGGAUCCUUCAGCACUCUCUGUACCUCCCUCUGAGGGACAAUCCAAGGUCCCUUCUGAAUCUGGACCACAAUUAACCAUACAGUGGCAUAAUGAAACUGCCCUAACAGAUGUCUUGGUGAAUUAUCCAAUGUCUCACCCUGCUGAUUGUAGGGUGCUCUUUUAUUCUAAUGGGAAGAAGGUGAUGUCCCCUGUCAAUGACAGCCCCUCAGGCUCAGACAAAGGCCAAAUCUGUAGCGUUAUCGCUAAACUUAUCUUCACCAAUCACCCCAAAUAUGGUCAUGCAUAUCACGACAAUCAGAAGAAAUUCCGCGAUGCAACCAACAAUCACAUCAACAAAACAAAGUACAAGAAGAUGAAGGCUAGAUUCAGUGACACAGUGCUGGCGUGA